GAGUGUGCCGGCGGCUGCUCGGGUCCCAAGGACACAGACUGCUUCGCUUGCACCAACUUCAACGACAGCGGAGCGUGCGUGACCCAGUGUCCUCAGCCGUUCGUGUACAACCCCACGUCCUUUCAGUUAGAGCACAACCCCAGAGCCAGGUACACGUACGGAGCCUUCUGCGUCAAGAAAUGUCCACAUAACUUUGUGGUGGACCACAGCUCCUGUGUCAGAGCGUGUCCCAGCAACAAGAUGGAGGUGGAGGAGAACCGCAUCAAGAUGUGCAUCCCCUGCACGGACAUCUGUCCCAAAGUGUGUGACGGCAUCGGGACGGGCAGCCUGCAGACGGCUCAAACCGUGGACGCCAGCAACAUCGAUAAGUUCGUCAACUGCACCAAGAUCAACGGCAACCUCAUCUUCCUCAUUACUGGCAUUAAAGGGGACAUGUAUCACGGUAUCGGACCUUUGGACCCUGAACGCCUCAACGCGUUCCGCACCGUGAAAGAGAUCACAGGUUACCUCAACAUCCAGUCUUGGCCUGAGAACAUGACGGAUCUGAGUGUUUUCUCCAGCCUGGCGACCAUCGGAGGCCGAGCUCUCUACAGUGGAAGUGAUAUUUCUCUGCUGAUCCUGAAGCAGCGCUGGAUCUCCUCCCUGCAGUUCCAGUCUCUGGAUGAGAUCAGCGCCGGUAACGUCUACAUCUUCAACAACAGCCGCCUGUGUUUCUACAACACCGUCAACUGGACGUCUCUCUUCCGAACGCCGAGCCAGAAAGUUCUGAUCCGCAACAACCGAAAUCCUAAAGAAUGCAGUGAGUAUCGUCUGUGGGACGGACACAAGUUUGUUUUCCCCUGUUUGCAAAGAUCAGCAGAUUCUCCGAUUCCCUUCCUGUUGUGUCAUUUCCUCUCCCAUGGUUUCCAAACUGCACACGUGUGCUGCUCCACCCUGGGCCUCACACACCGACAUGCCUGUUACCAAGGCGACGGUAUCGCGGGCAUCUCUUGCUCCUCGGCCUUGGACAUGAAAGCCAUGUUCAGCUCCCUGUGA